AACAGGAAGUGCAGCCUGAGGGUCAGUCUGACGAGGCAGGAUAGAGCCUUUCCCAGGAAGCCUUUCACUUCCUGCCGAUCCGGAGGGAAGAGGAUGGAGUUACAAGGACCUUCUGACAGUCAAACAAUGGUCCUUUGAGGUCACAGAUAAAAUAAUUUCUGAGCAGAGAAGUUAGACUUCUUUCCCAAGUUCCUGGACCUGGUAAAUGAUGGAGCCGACUCUAGAAUAAAACAGAAAACAACUGAGAACAUGAUUUCACUGCCACUUUUGAGCACUGGAGGGGAAGAGUGCAGCUGUUCCUGGCAGACAUGAAGCCCUACUUCUCGUGCGUCUUUGUCUUCUGCUUCCUAAUCAAACUUUUAACAGGAGAACUCAAUGACUUGGCCAAUCACAGGAUGUUUUCGUUUCACGAUGGAGGUGUACAGAUUUCUUGUAACUACCCUGAGACUGUCCAGCAGUUAAAAAUGCAGUUGUUCAAAGACAGAGAAGUCCUCUGCGACCUCACCAAGACCAAGGGAAGCGGAAACACCGUGUCCAUCAAGAAUCCGAUGUCCUGUCCAUAUCAGCUGUCCAACAACAGUGUCUCUUUUUUCCUAGACAACGCAGACAGCUCCCAGGGCAGCUACUUUUUAUGCAGCCUGUCGAUUUUCGACCCACCCCCUUUUCAAGAAAAGAACCUUAGUGGAGGAUAUUUGCUUAUUUAUGAAUCCCAGCUUUGUUGCCAGCUGAAGCUUUGGUUACCCGUAGGGUGUGCAGCUUUUGUGGCAGCGCUCCUUUUUGGAUGCAUAUUUAUCGUCUGGUUUGCAAAAAAGAAGUACAGAUCCAGUGUGCACGACCCUAAUAGCGAGUACAUGUUCAUGGCGGCAGUCAACACAAACAAAAAGUCCAGACUUGCAGGUAUGACCUCAUAAUCUGGAACACGGGAACCCAUGGAGGAACUACACUGUCUAGUUCCCCUGAAACUUGAAUGGAGAAAGUCUUCUAUUUUCUGGACCACAGGGCAUCUGACUUGAUUAACUACUGAUACCUCCUUUUGGUGUUUUGUUUGUCUGGAUCAGUGACUAUCAGUCACUCGGAAUUUCAGCAGACUGCCCUGGGUUUGCUGAGUCCUUUUAAGGCAAACCCCUUCUUAUAGAAGACCCGGCUCAUAUGUAUUCAACAAACAGACCUCACUGGGAUACAAUCCCCUCUUUCUGCGCCUGCUUCUAGCUAUGCACCGGCCAGCAAGACAAACAUAUCUCCAGCAUUUUUACAAAAAUGCCAGGGUAUGAAUCUGUAAAGUACACAGGCAGCCAUUGACCACCGUCUGUCCUCGUUUUUUCAGAUUCUAUUUUUUUCCAUAGAGAUCAGCAUUCCUUCUAGAAUCAGACAGUAGAGGGAGAUGCUUCACAACAGAAGCUCUUAUGUUUCUGAGAUGUUGAUGAAUUCAUGCUUUAGUACCACCAUGUUCUCUAACAACUUCUAUAUUCCAGCUGAUCACUGCUUCAGGGCUUAGAUGCCUGCUUUUGCCUUCAAGUCUCCCCUUAAAGAUACUCCCACAGGUCUACUUGGUGGCCUGCAGCCACUCUGAAUAGGAAGUUUGGUCUACAAUUUCCCCCCUCUGCUGCUCAAAAAAAAAAUUAGUAGAUAUGAUUUUCCCAUAUUCUCCCUGCCAAAGUAAUUUUUUCCAGCAAAGACAUCUAAAUUCAGUUAAUAUGGUUUACUGUGUUGAUAUUAGUGGCAGUAAACAUUUCUCAGAAUCAAAAGCAAAUUAAUUUUGCGGUGGUGUUUUUCUACCAUUAUCUGGGUUUCCAUGGUGCUAUUACUCACAAGUUUAGCUAUUUUUAUGCAUCAUAUUAAAGUUGCAAGCAAGCAGAGCAACCCUCGGUUAAUGGGCAAACAUUCUCCUGGGGUAGAAUGAAUUGUCUAUUUAGCCCGAAAACUGCAGUUUCUGUGGGUGGCUGCCAGACUACAGCCGUGCUUUGCUCUGGCUUUGACAGGUUGAAAUAGUCCCCAUGAGCCUGGAACAGUACUCCAGACUGUGCUGGAGUCCCAAAGUUAGGAGGGCCAUGGAGCCUGGGACAGGCUGCUGCUUUGGUCUUUAGGAUCUAGGAAGAAUUACAGAGGGGCCAAGACAGAGUUCCCUCCCCUAGAAACUGUGCAGCCUGGAAGUCAGCCCUGGCACUUUAAGAUAGCCUUCUUUAGAACAUGAGUUAGUUGGUAGUAUUCUGACGUGUAAACAGCCUAUGAUUGCUCGGAGCUGGACCAUUUUCUCCACUUCCCUGUCUGCAUGCCUAAGACUUCUAGAGCAGCCAACGUAUAUGCAACAUUAAAGAAAAAAAAAGAAAAGAAAAGAAACAGCAAAAAGCAGACAAACAAGAUAAACCCCAAACUUAAAUAAAAUAGGGCUGCUUCCUAGUUUUAAGUUAUAGUUGCUUACUCAGUUUGCUUUACAAGUGAACUGGGUAUCAACGGAUACUUAUUACAUUAAGCAUGUGUAAUGCUGGCUAUGUACAGUACAGUACUGACCUUAAGUAUGGUGUUCUCUCUCUUCCAAUGACUCAGGCAGCCUGGCUGGCUCUGUGAGGGCAUCCCCUGAGUUGGAUGGACCUCUUUGUUUAGGGGGUGAGGGUACUUUACUCCGGUCCUUGAAGGAUCCCCAUCCCAACACUGAACACCUACCAAUGAAUUCUUGAAGAACAAAAUUUCUGUGAAAUAAAAUCUGGCUUACAGAGGAGCCAUGUGCUAAAGAUGUUAGCAAUAAUACCAAGUCACGGCUAAGCACGAGUGUGCAGCAAUGGGAUAGAACCUUGCUGUGUUUUCUGGGGGCGAAGAAGUGAUGACCUUAGCUACCACAUGCAAAUUAGCCCUUGCUCUCCCAUGACCUUGUGUGCUGCAUAAGAUAGUUGCUCCCUUUGCCUCGCUUUCCCCCUUUUAAACUCUAAAAUAGCCACAAACUUAUAAAAGAGUCAGAAGCACAGGAAAAAGUGUGUUCUGCGCCUGACUUAGUUUCUGCCUUGACCCCCCCGGCCCCACAGAAUGGUGCCUAUUUCCUAUGGAAAUGAAGGCUGUAUUCUUUGAUGACUUGACAGUCACCAAUGUCAGAAAAUUAUCGUUGAUAUGUCACUAUUCUCUAUUCUUUGGUCUGCAUUCAAGAUCUUCCCCUCGGUUCUAGGAUGUCUGUAGGAGCCGAAGGUUCUGCUGGAGACUUCCCCCUGUGUUUGGCUGUCCAGUCUCUGGAGUAUUCUUCAGUCUGGACAGUUCUCUUCAGUCUGUAGUCUGGGCUCUUUGUCUGAUCGUGGGCCAUUGUUUUGUAGAAUGUUUCUUUUGGGGGGGUCACUCUGAUGUUUCUUCAUGAAUGAAAUGAAGUUAUUUGUCUUUAGCAGAAAUAAUACAGAAGUGGUGUUGCGCCCUGUAGGGCAGCUCACAUUUCGGUUCGUCAAGUUACUGCCAAUGUUUGUUUUCAUCUCUUGACUAAGCUCCUGUCAAGCUUCUCCAUUGCGAAGUGAUUCUGCCCCUCCACCCCCAACAGCCAAUAAAUAUGCUUUGUGAGAAAGUA